CAUCUUAUCAAAACAUAUGGGUCACAGCCAGUUGUAUAACCACCUGAACUCUUGGUCAAAGCAGGUUUUACCGUCUUCAUCUCUGAUAAGCCAAGAGUGGAGAGGUAUUUAACAGUGUUGUGGGAAACCUUUCCCUUGCCAUCCACAGAGCAUUCUGGUAAACACGUUGCAGGAUUAACAGGAAAAGUUUAAAACUGCUUAAUAGCCAUGGAUGUGCGGCGCGUACUGUGCUGUGGUCUCUCUUGUCUAUUGGUGUUCAAGGUGCUCAUAUUCCUCACCGUUGCCGCUGUCACUGUGACAUUGAUCACACUCUUGACUCAGGCAAUCACAUACCCAUACCCAACCGUUCCCUCCCAGGACCCCCCCUACCUGAUCGGGGUGGGUCGCGCCGAUUGUACUGGACCUCCUGCUGAUAUCCCUCUGAUGGGCUAUGCUGUUCCCCAGCAGACAGCGGCCGGCAUCCACACCCGUCUGUUCAGCAGGGCCUUCAUCGUGGACGACGGGCAUAAGAGGGUGGUCUUCAUCACCGCCGAUAUCGGGAUGGUUUCUCAGAGGCUGAGACUUGAGGUCCUGAAGGCCCUUCAGGUGAAGUAUGGGACCCUGUAUCGCCAGGACAACGUGGUUCUGAGUGGGACCCACACCCAUGGGGGUCCGGCCGGAUACUUCCAGUACACCUUGUUCAUAAUCACCAGCAAGGGCUACGUCAAGCCCGCCGUCAAGGCCCUGGUGGACGGCAUCGUCCAGAGCGUAGACAGAGCCCACCGCAGCAUCAGGCCGGGCCGGAUCUACAUGAGCCAAGGAACCCUGGAGGACAGCAGCCUGAACAGGAGCCCCCAGUCCUACCUCAACAACCCCCAGAAGGAGAGGGACAGGUAUGAAACCAAUACGGACAAACAGGUGGUGGUGCUCAGGCUGACGGAUCUGGACGGAGAUGGUGUUGGUAUGCUGAGCUGGUUCGCUGUCCACGCUGUCAGUAUGAAUUACACCAAUCAGAUGAUCAGCAGUGACAACAUGGGAUACGCCGCCUACCUUUUAGAACAGGACAAGAACAGAGGGUCCUUACCUGGAAAGGGUCCGUUUGUGGCUGGGUUUUCCUCCAGUAACCUUGGCGACGUCAGUCCCAACACCAGAGGCCCGGUGUGUGCCAACACUGGUCUGCCCUGCGACUACCUCAACAGCUCCUGUCCUAUAGGAGGGACAAAGAUGUGUCAAGCAUAUGGCCCGGGUGAGGACAUGUUUGAAAGCACCCGACUCAUCGGACACAACAUCUACAAGAAGGCCAAGGAACUGUAUGGUAAGGCAGACUGGGAAGUGACAGGGUUUCUGCAUGCUGCUCAUCAGUGGGUCAACAUGACUGAUGUCACCGUACAGAUCAACUCAACACACACGGCCAGGACCUGUAAACCUGCGCUGGGCCACAGCUUCGCUGCAGGGACCACAGACGGAGGAGGGGACCUGAACUUCACCCAGGGGGCGGUGGAAGGUGACCCCUUCUGGGAUGGUAUAAGGAACGCCCUGGUGGGAGAACCAUCCAAUGAGACGCAAGAAUGCCACCGACCCAAACCCAUCUUGUUCAGCACCGGAGAGAUGUCCUGGCCCGUUCCCUGGCAUCCUGAAAUAGUGGACGUGCAGAUCAUCACUAUCGGCUCUGUUGCCGUGGUUGCCGUGCCGGGAGAGAUGACAACCAUGUCAGGGAGAAGAAUACGAGAGGCCAUCAAACAGGAGCUGGAUUCUGGAAGUUCCUUUGAAGACACAACGGUGGUCAUCGCAGGCCUGAGUAACACCUACACACACUACAUCACAACGUACGAAGAGUACCAGAUCCAGAGGUACGAAGGGGCGUCGACCAUCUAUGGCCCGCACACGCUGGGUGCAUACCUGCAGAAAUACACAAACCUGGCCAGGGCCAUCGCACAGGGUACAGAGUCAGAGCUCCAGAGGGGCCCUGAGCCUCCGUACUUUGCCAAACUGCCCAACUUGCUGCCUGCUGCGCCCGUAGACAAGAAACCUGUCAACAGCAGCUUUGGACAAGUGCUGGAGCAAGUGCUGCCUGUUUACAGAGUGGGUGACGUAGUCUCUGUCACAUUUGUAGCAGGAAACCCCAGGCAUUCUGGUGACAUAAGAGACAAGACCUUUGUCACAGUGGAGGUGUUCCAGAACACCUCCUCAAGCUGGGAAGUGGUUCACACUGAUGCAUCAUGGGAAACCAGGUUCCACUGGGUAAAGGGUUCAAACCGAGAGAGCAACGCCACGGUGGAGUGGCACAUCCCCGCCUCGGCCCAGCAGGGCUCCUACAGGAUCCAGCACUUCGGACACUAUAAGAAGAUGGUCGGCUUCCGGCCCCUCAUCACAGCUUACCAGGGCAGCUCCGACGUCUUCGCCGUCUCGCACACAUAUUACUACUGAAGCGCUCAUACGUGAAUAAUGAGAUGGAAGGGAUGGAAAUGCAGUGAUAGGAGGGAGUAAAUGAUUUAGGUAUACCAUGUUUUUGGCUCCAAGAGAUUUAGUUGACGGGUGGAUGGAUAUAUAGGUAAAUGGAUGUAUGGAUGGGCGAAUGGAGGAAUUUAAGAUCAAACCAUUUGACAUUUGACCGGCUUGACGGUGACCUCUUGAAGCAUUUCAAAUCACAUGACAUCUUUGUUUGACCCUUCUAAAAGCAACAGGAUCUAAAGGCAUUUUGUAAUAUAAUCAUUUUGCCAAGAAUGAAUGGCCUCCAGAUUGACAGUGAAAUAACUGUAUGCUAUCAGUAUAAGUAAAGCGACUCAUUAUGUAAAUAAAACUGAUCAUCAGACAGUAUGUUGUUAUGUCAUGAUCUUUCAUUCCAUAAUAAUUUUGGUUCAGUUGAGUACUUGCACUGACUUGUCAGUACAAAUUUGUUUAUAUAAUAAUUAUUAUACAACGUCUAUUGUUAAAUAUUUAAAAAUAAACUCGCCCAACCUUGCUUUUAUUUCAAUGUCAUUCAAAUCAAUACAAUCAUUCAUUUUUUCAAAUGUUGUUUUAUUCAUUAUAUUGGGGCGAUCAUCGAUCAAGGCACAUUAGAAUCAUCAAAGCAGUUUUCUUUGAAUACCACCAUUUUACUAGUGUACACUUUGGCUUAACCAUUACAAAUCACUGUCAAAACCAAUUCAUUCAUUAGCCGAACCGCAAGUUAUGUGUCUCCAGUCAAAUUAUUAGAGCACAGAGAAUUUAUUUUUAAAUAUCCUCAAAAAAUGCUAAAAAAAGAAAGAAAAUCUGGUAUAAAAAUAAGUUCUAAGUGCUACACACACUUUUAAUACUGUCACUGCUUUGGCUAGUUCAAAGUUUAGAAUGUGUCGUUCAUGUGUGUUUUGAAAGAAACACCAAGAGCCAACCUGAGAUGUAUAAAGUUACUAACUGAUGAUCUGAGAUAGAUUGCUCGUGUCUAACAUGAUGUCACCAAUCAGUCUGCUUUGCCUGUAAGCUCUGGCAUAAUAAGUUAAUUGAAACUUCACUAAACUUGUCUGGAAAACCAAACAAAGGCGCUUAUAACAGAAUAUCACGAAAGCUAACUGUUUGCACACUAUCAAAAGGGAUGAAU